AUGAGAGAAGACGAAGUCCAAACAUCCCAACCGUCGACUUCACAAAAUCCAAAGAAUAUUCAACCUACGGUUAAUGCUCCGGAACAAAAUGAAGAAGUGAAUGAUGAGCAACCAAAACAGGGCACCUCAGAGGAACCAUAUUUCGUUAGUUUGAAAUUACAAGGGCAGAAUUAAAUAUUUGUUUUGUUAUUUUAGGAUGGAUACCAUGAAUUUGGAUACGAUUCAGAUGUUCCUUUUGCGCCUUGGAGAAGAAGACGAUACAGUUUUUCGAUAGAAGGGUUAGUUUUUCACAACAUGCAUUUCUGAUUUUAAAUAGCCUGGAAACCCAGAAUCAAACAUGGUCUUCUAAAAUGAAAGAUAUUCACCUCUAGAUUGUCCGGAUCUAUAUAAGAAGGUGCCAAAAAGCUUUCUCGAUUUUAUGGAGCCAGAGGAAAAGCGACUAGGAAAUUUCAUAGAUUUCUAGUCCCUCCAGAAGCUUUUCCUCGAGCUCCAUAAAAUCGAGAAAGCUUUUUCGUAACUUUUUAUAUAGAUUCGGACAGUCUAGAGAUGAAUAUAUUUUAUUUUAGAAGGCCAUGUUUAUUUGCCGAGCCAUUUAAAAAAGUUUGUUCUUCCAGUUUACACGAAGAAAUCAUCGAUUUAUAUCAUUGGAUUCGACCCAACGAAUUGGAAACAAGGAUACGACGGAAAGUGUUUGAAAAAGUAUACGAUACCAUAGCAAAAAGAUGGAAAGAUCGAAAUGUGACAAUUUCAAUGUUCGGAAGUCUACGCACCAAUCUAUUCUUGCCAUCUUCGGAUAUCGAUGUUCUAAUUGAAUGUCCUGACUGGGAUUACGAUGUUCCCGCGAAUUUGCCGGCUGAUGAAGCGAAAGCAAUUCGUGAGGACAUUUGUAGUUAUGUAAGUAAAUAUAUAAAAAAAAUAACAUGAAAAAAUAUUAAAAAUAAUAAUUUCAGUGGUUGGAAGAAACAGCAAAAUGUUUGCAUCCAGUUGGAAUCGAAAAACAAGUGUCAGUUUUAACGGGUGCUUUUGUACCGAUUGUGAAAAUGGUUGAUUUGUAAGUUUUGUGAAUUGAGUAAAUAUAAAAUUCAAUCAAUAUAUUUCAGGAAUUCCCGCUUGUCCAUCGAUAUUUCCUUCAACACUGUUCAAGGUGUUCGUGCUGCUGAUUACAUCGAAAAAGUCAAAUCCGAAUUUCCAAUCAUCGAACCUUUGGUAUUAAUUCUCAAACAAUUUCUACAUUUUCGUCGAUUAAAUCAAACUUUCACCGGAGGAUUGUCGUCAUAUGGUCUUAUAUUGUUACUUGUCAAUUUCUUCCAGGUAUGCUGCUGCUGAUAAUGUAUCGUGCAAAGUGAAGAAAAAAAUGCGAAAAAUCAAAAAAAUAUCGUUGAAACAGCCGCUUUUUUUCGCAGAAAAAAGUCUAUUUCAGACAAAUUCUUUCAAUUUCUGUCCAUUUUGGCUCGAAAAACACCAGAAAAUGCGAAUUCUGGGGAAAAAUGCGGCUGUUUGCACGAUAUUUUUUGAUUUUUAGCAGUUUUUUUCGCUUCGCACGAUGCAUAAUAAUUUGACUAGAGUGUAGUCUAUUUUUCUCUUUUUUUAGAUGUAUGCAAUGCCGAUGCGCGGAAAACAAAUCUACGACAAAGGUGUGAAUCUUGGUGAAUUGCUCAUGCGAUUCUUGGAAGUGUAUUCGCAAGAGUUCAAUUUCGAGAAUCUCGGAAUCUCUGUAACAAAAAUGCGAUAUAUUCCAAAAGACGGACCAACACUUCGCGGUGUCGCAACUCGUGCUCAAACUGGAACCCUCUAUCUCGAAGAUCCUCUGUUGUCGUGCAACGACGUUGGCCGCUCCACCUAUAAUUUUUCUGUAAUCGCAAACGCGUUCGGUCAAGCGCUUCAAAUUCUUCUUGUCGCUGUAACUGUUCGAGAUCGUCGAAGAUCUGUUGCGUGGCACAAAGUGUAUCGAGGAAGUCUGUUGUAUUUGAUAACACCAUUCACUAUUCAUGAAAUUAAUUAUCGAAAUUGGCUGACGGGCGGUGUUAUGGACUUUAGACAGAAACAGAAAAUUCAUAAUUUGAGUUAUGUUUCGAACACACUAAUCGCACCGGUAAGUUGAGAUAAAGACAAUAAUUUGAUGUUUUUCAGCAAGUGAUUUGAAAUAUUGAAUUUUAAUGGGGUGAGUCAAUCGAAUUAAUCGACGUGUUUUUUGCGAUUAAUUGACAAAAAAAGUGAGUCUUUUAGGGCGAUUAAUUUCACGUUUUUGUCAAUUCAUCGCUUUCAUUUCUUGGUAAAAAAUGCGAUUAAUUGCAUAAAAAAUAGAAUUUAUUUGACCUAUAUUUUAAAACGUGACCUAUAUGAGUUGGUAUUAUCAAUAAAAAAUUGUCUUCUCUCAAUUUUCUUUCAUUUCGAAAUGAAUCCAAAAAAUAAGCAGUGAAUUUGGGACACGUUUCAAAAAAGAGGUCAAAUAAAUUCUAUUUCGUAUUGAAAUUCCUUAUUUUUGAAUGCAAUUAAUUGCAAAAAAAGAUGAAAUUAAUCGACAAAAACGUGAAAAAAUCGCACAAAAAAGACUCACUUUUUCUGUCAAUUAAUUGACAAAAAAUAAAAUUGACUCACCCCAUAAUCGUAUUCAUAGGAUAGAAAUGUCCGAGACAAUUUCUAUGAUAUACAAUUUUAUGUCAUUUACUUUAGGGAUGGAGUCGAUCAACUAAACGUCCCUAAAUCGCUUGUGGUUAACGUAAAGUCGUAAAAAUUUAUAUCAUUCGGUUUGUCUUGGACAUUUUUAUCCCAUGAAUAAGAUUAAAAUCCAAUAUUUCAGCACACUUGCUAGAAAAACAUGAAAAUGUCGAUGUACAAAUGUUAUUUGAUAAUAACAAUUCACAAAUAUUUAUAUUUUUAGACAAGAGAUCUGACUCCAUUCGAAUGGAUGCGUCGUGUACCAUUAUCACGUCAAAAGAAACCGGCGUCGAUAACAACUCCUUCUGCUGGCCAACAAGAAGAAAUAGUAGAACAAACCGCAGAGGAAGCACGAGAAAGUCAACUCGAAGAAACUAGAAGAAAAUUCAAAGAAGCGGUAGAGGAUAAGAAGAAUGAAGAGGAUGAUGAUGAGAUGACACCUCCACCAGUCAUCACAUCAACAGCUUCUGUCACAACAACUGUAAGCACGGCGGCGAGUAUUAGUGAAAGAGAAGAUACUGAUUCGCCGGUUUUAUCGAAUGAUGUUGUCACUUCAUCGGAUGACGAAUAUGGGGUUGCCACUCAAAAUCAUGCUGUUCAAUUCAAAAAGCCGUUUAGUGAAGUUGUUGCCGCGUCAGCCGGUUUAUCGAAUGACACGAAAAAGGGUUAUACGAGUCAGAAGAACAAUUAUAUUGGUGAGUGGUUUUAAUAGGGUUUGAGCUGGAAAAAAUGAUGGAGAUUUCGGUUCAAAUUGUGUUUUGGACCUCAAAAAUACUCAAAUUAAGAUAUUUUUUAAAAUUGUACCACAGAAGAUUGGCCGAGGUCUGAAAUGGUGAAAUUUCAAUAAAAAUUAGGAGUUCGAUAAUUUUCAAUUGAGCUUCAUCUUAAAAAGUUCAAGUAUAAAAUGAUUCGAAAUAGUUAGAGAAUCAAUGAAAGCUAGAUCAUACCUCUUCAAGAUACCUGGUUUUUUUUUUCGAAAAAAAUCAUCCCAUCAAAAUUUUUGAAAAAUCUUCUUGAUGAAAAUUUGGUAUUUGGCUUGAAAAAUGUCUUUUUUUUUCGCCAAAAUUAUAAAAUUUCAAUAAAAAACAGGGAUUCGAUAAUUUUCAAUUAAGCUUCAUCUUAAAAAUUAAAAAUAAUGAUUUCAGAACGUCCAUACAAUGAAAGUACAUUCUAUGGUGUUCCAAAUGGCUAUGCAGCAGCUGUGAAUGGAAAUGGCAACAGAUAUCGAUCAUUCAACUACAACCGCGACAAAAGAACAAGUCGAAAUCAUUCGCAAGGAAGCAACGACGGUUCAGUAUCCGAAUAUCAGCAAAACAACAAAAGAUAUUCGAAUAAUAGCCGUGGACGUGGUCGAACAUCUUCACAUUCAUCAAAUCGCUCUAGAAAUUCGUCAGAUUCUCGUUCAACUGGAUAUAAUAAAAAUAAUCGACCAAAAGAAAAUGGUAAUAUUAUUGUUGCUAAUGAUAAUGUUACACCAGCAACAAAUAAUAAAGAAGUAACAGUGAAUGCGACAAUAAAUGGUCGAAAUCCGGGAUUAUUUCGAUACGCUGAUGCUGUCAAAAUGACAUCGAAUGGAAAUGCGCCAAAUCGAGUUGUGACGGCGGCAGCUACAGUUGUCGCAACUACAACAACAACAACAAAUGGUAAUAAUAUUAUUGCUAAUUCAAAACCAUUAAAAAAUGGUAGUAUUUCGGAUAUUAUUGAUGAUAAUAACAAGACAAGCAUGAAUUCGCCAACAAUCAAUGAUAUUAAUCCACAACUUUUGGUUUCGGUGAGUAAACAUUCAAGGGAAUCCCAUUCUUUCAGAAAUGACCUUUUGCAGGCAGCUAAAAUCAGAGUUGGGUGAUUUGAAUCAACCAAACUUGGGUUGAUUUAAAUAACCCAACUCUGAUUUUAGCAGCCUGCAAAAGGUCAUUUCUGAAAGUGUGGGGUUGCCUUGACCGUUUAUUUUGCAGGUUAAUAAUCGUCGAUGA